GCUGACAACCAAAGCAAAACAGUCGGUGCGCGACCAUCUUGUCAAAACUGGAGUCAGUGACAACAAAUAAAUAUUUUAAAAUGUCCUAAAUUACUUGUAAUGACUUAAUGAUAGUUUCAUAUUUAAGAAAGUAUAGUGUAUAGAGUAUUUUUGUGCUAUUUGUGUCACGUGUACGAUACAUUUUCCCUAAAAAUUCGGGUUUGAGUUGCGUCAAAUGACGUCAUGUGUGUGAUACACGUAUCGCUGCUGAGUUCGUCAUAAACAAUGCAGGACCAAGAGUGUGACGUUGAGCCGGCGCACCACGCUCGUCGGCCGAUGAAUGCCUUUCUCAUAUUCUGCAAACGUCACCGUAGCGUCGUCAGAGACAAGUAUCCAAAUUUAGAAAACAGAUCUAUAACUAAAAUUCUCGGAGAAUGGUGGGCCAAUUUGGACCAGGAAGAGAAAGCUUGUUAUACAGGUCUUGCUAAACAGUACAAAGACGCGUUCUUCAACGCCAACCCUGACUUCAAAUGGUACAAGUUGCCCGCACCACCGCUACGUACACUAUCCUCCCGGCCUCGGGAGUCCACUGAGAAAGCAGAAUCCUCCAACGAAUAUAACGACCAUGAACUGGAAAAAACAAAUAAUAAUUCCACAAAAUUCGACUACAAUAAGAAACCAGACAGUGAUCCAGAAACUGAAGCUAAACCACUAUCCAUGUUCACGCCUGGAAAGUUAGCCGAUGAAGCUCAAAUGGGAGGUCUGAGUAGCCUCCUAGCUACCAAGACUGAAGUCCAAACUCCUAAUCCAUAUUAUUCUCCUCCUUCCUGUAAAUUUAACGCGAUCUCAACUCCAAUCGAAUACAGAUCUCAUGAUUCAAUAGACAGACCCAAAACCAAACGAGAAGACAGCAUACGUGAGCUUCAAAAUGCACUUACAGAAACAACUCGAAUGUUCGAAGAAGAUUUCGAUGAAAAGGAACAAUUACGUUAUUACGGUGCAGCUAACGACCAAUUCACGAACCAAGAUGUUAUCGACCAAAUAGUUGAUAAACGCUAUUCUAAAGAUGAUGAAGGAUACCAGAGAAACUGGUCGGAUGACGAGAAAAAUUCCAAGUCUGGUAGAACUUGCAAAGGGAAAAGAUAUCAAGAGUUCAUGGCUGUUGGAGGACUGAUAGUGAAUAAGAGGCCGAGGAGAGAUUAUCCCGAUAGAUUGUCGGACGAAGGCUACAAUGCAUCUUGUAGCUGGGAUCCUGGAUCUUCGCUCGAGGAAUCAACAAUGACAAUGGCAGACGAGUCGACGCCCGACACUAACUAUAUACAGCACGACAUAACAGUCGAAAGCGAACCAAAUGUGGAACCAAACGACACGCCCGAAAUAGACAAUAACUGUAACAAAUCAUUUAAGGCUGCCGACUUCGAUUUAGAAGCUAAAAUAAGAGCUCUACCCUCCCUUAGUUUAGAGAAGUUUCAACAGAAAAAACGCGAGAAUAAACGUAAGAAAAAAAACGUUAGCCUGAGAACCAAAUCCGUCAAGUCAUCGCAAAUAAUAAACUCGGUUCCGCGUCCGGUUAUGGACGAGCGUCAUGAAAUGGCGGAGAAUUGGCGCGAGACCGUCAUAGGGAGCCAGAAACGGAAACCGAGGAAAAUAAGCAUCACACGACUCGAAAUCAACAGCCUCGUCUCCAGUAACAUGAACGGCGGCAAUAAAAUCAGUCCAGAAAUAAAAAUUGCCACAGAAGCUCCUUGCACCAUCCAAAGCAUGGACAUAUGCAAUCAGAGCCAUGGUAAUGUCGACCUGUUCGCGUUGGCCACGUUGGCCGAGGUCGCUGCCAACACGUCCAAAAUAGAGCAGACCAAUGCGGCAAGCGAAGACGCUUCCAAGGUAUGAAAUACCAAGUAGCCUUAAUGAGAUAUUCCAAAAAUUAUUUACUUUAUAAUCAGAUAAUAUUUAUAUAUGGUAAUACUUUUACAUCGUACGCAUAAAGAUUAAUAUUGAUUGUACACUUUUAAUCAUAGUUUUUAUAAAUUAGAGAUAUAAAUUAUUUAUAUUAUAUUAAAUAGAGUUAUAUGUAUACUUAGUUGAUUUGGUCGUGUAGGCUGCGUUGCUUGUUAGGUGUUAACUGGUGAUAGAUAGGUUAUUGACAAAUAAAUAUAUAUCACAUAUUUAAACAGAGCAUAAUCUAUUUUACAUUUAAUAUUGAAAAAGAUAUAAAAUGUUAAUAUAUAUGAUUUUUUUUUAUUAAUCAGUAAGCGGCAUACAGAUGUUCUUAUUAACAAAUUGUCAAUUAUGGUUAUAUGAUUGACAAAAAGAUGCUGUGUUUCCAUCGUUCAUCACAAUAUAAUAUAAAAAAAAAUGCCAAAAAAUAUGUCAUACAUAUUGUAUAUUAACCUCAUUAUUAGUAGUUAGUAUACUACGGUCGCCUUAAUACUAGAUUAUACUUGAUAUAAGACACCAUGUGCAUAGACUGCAUUGCAUUUUGAAGGUGAUUAUAUUUUCGUUUAUACCAUUGCUGUGUGCAAUUACUUAUAUACUUUUAUAUGUGGUAAAUACCACUUGUGGUUUCAUAUAUAAUGGACAUAGAAAUUAGUUUUUGAAUCAAAAAAAAAUGAUAUUAUACUGAUUGAAAUCAUUUUAAUCAGGUCUUACAUUUGUGGGUGAGACUCGCAACUGUCCUUGUGAUAAAUUUAAUAGAUUAAAGAAAAAUCUUCUGUAUUUAUAUGGUAACACUUGUUAAUGUGUCAAACUAUCUUGAAAUAUAUUAUAAAUGGUGAAUGUCCCAAUUAGGUACCUGAGGUUUAUCGAAAACUUUCAUGGAUUUCACUUUUAAAUCAUUGCACAUUUUAUUUUAAGCUAUUUUUAACGACUUGGUAGUUUUAGUUAUUAAUUUUUUUGUGGAACAGUGUUUCUCAAAGUUCAUUGUUUUUUAUUUUUAUUUAAAUAUAUUUUUAAUGCUUCUGUGAUUCUAUUUAAUAUAAAGAUCUUUAAUGACGGUUAAUGGUGCGAUGCUUUGUUGCUGGUCUAGUCUAGAAUAGUAUUUUAAAGAAAUAAUCAAGUACUAAAAUUCAAAAAGUGCACUUAUAUAUUGUUUACAAAUGACACAAGCCAUAAAGUGACAUGCUCAUCCAAAGACCAAAUGUUAGUGUAGGUAGAUACCGUAUAUAUAUGUAUGUAAUAGGUAAAUAGUUUAUAUUACCUUAUUGUUUGGCAUUCCGGUGUUUUGGAUUUCGAAUUAAAUUAAAAAAAAAUCCUUUGUUUAUUAUCUAAGUUAUUAAUUGUGAAGUUGAAAAUUGUUGAUUUUUAUUCAUGUGUAGUAUGUUAUUAAUUAUUGUGUUUUUUUUUAUUAAGAUUUUUAUGGUUCCUCAAUGAGAUUUUUCGAUGAGCUAAGCGGUUUUAUAAGAAACAAAAUUGUAAUAAUCUUAUGAAAUAUUUGUUUGCCUUGUUGAGAUCAGAGCCUUAUUUUGAUGAUUAGUGUUAAGAUAUGUAUGACCAAGGGGCCACGAGGACGGUAUUUCACCCGUAAAUACUAUAUACGUAUAUAAAUAUAUUCAUUAUACACAGUAGAUUCUUAAAAAGAGAGCUUAAAUUUUCUCAUCAGAAUAUAAAUAUAAAACCUAUGGAAUGAUUUAAAUGGUGCUGGCAGAUCUGCGUUAGUGUAAGAUACUCUGUAUUAACGGAGUUAGAGGUGAUAGUCAAUAAAUAUAUAUGUAUGUAAUUUUAAGUUAUCGCAAAUAUAUAUGCCGUAAUCAUGUUGAACAAAGAGCACACAGACGGCGUAUAUUUUGCGAUAUUGCAAAUAACGAAUUAUGCGUUAUAUUUAUAUCAAAUAUUAUAUCAUUUAUAGUAUAAUUCGUUAAAUUGCAAAAUUUAAUAUAAAAUGUUUAUUGUUUGAGAAACACUGGUCUGUAUUAGGGCAUAAUAAGUCGGCACCCAAAGCGUUAAGUUGGCUCCAAAGUAUUUUGUUGAUGUUUUGUUACAGACGCGGUUCGAUAUAUAUAUAUAUUUGUAUGUAGUAAUAAAGUUUAUUCAUAUUAACAUA